AUGAACAGUGAAUUGAAAGAAAUACUGAAUGCCAGAAAUGGUCUUCUAUUUUGCGAAGAAGAACUUAGUCCAGUUUUCUGCAAACCGAGACUUAUUCCACUCAAAUCUGUAACUCUCGAAAAGUUGGAAAAAAUGCAGAAUGAAGCAAUGGAAAUAAUGAAAAAGAUAGAAGAGGGCAAGAAUAAGACACCAACAGAGGAAAACACAGAAUAUAAUCGAAGAAAGUCAGAAGAAAGCACCGCUGAUAUUUGGAUUGCUGAAGAAAAUCAAAAAACAGCGACAAAAUCAACAACCUAA